GUAACAGAAAACAAAAGAGUAGUGACAGUAGUCAAGCAGCAGACGAGCGAAUUAAGACGCGCUGAACGACGGGGAACUGCCUUUUUUCGACCUUUUUCCCCUAGUUUCUGAAAAGAACACUCUUUCUAUUGCAUAAAUUCCGAUAGAAUAAAGACCGGAGUUGUUUUUCUGUGGCACCAGAUUUGCGACAGGCCUUGGCGAAGAUGUCAGAUGUACAAGAUUUUUGUUUGAGAUGGUCAAGCUAUACUCAGCAGCUUAGUGAAGCGUUGAGAACUCUUCUGGAUAGAGAGCUGCUCGUUGAUGUAACACUUGCCUGUGAUGGAAGGUCUCUACGUGCGCAUCGGGCAAUCCUCUCUGCAUGCUCCUCAUAUUUUCAGGACCUUUUUCAAGAAAGCACACAUCCUCACCCUAUUGUAAUUUUAAAAGAUGUGAGAUACCACGAAUUGGAGGCUUUAGUAAAAUUUAUGUACCAUGGGGAAGUAACAGUGAAUCAUGACACAUUACCAGGCUUCUUACGGACAGCAGAAACUCUUCAUGUGAGAGGGCUUACUGAUAAUGCUCUGUCUGGGAGUACCUCUACUCCUAAUUCAUUUAAGGUGGAUAACGGAAAUCAAAGAAGCUUGGAUGAUGAUGAGUCUUUCACUGGUCAAGAAGGCAAUUCAACCACCGCCCAGCGACUUUCUCCUGUUCUCAUGAAACGUAUAAAACUGGAAAUGCCGAGUACUUCUCAGUACCAACAUUCUGUUGGGCUUCCACAUUCGGACAUUGAUGAAAAUUUGAAUGGCCAUAGUACAGAGGAGCAUUCUUCUGAACAGGACCCUCACUGCCCCAUUGGAUCGGAUGACAUGCCUGCUCACUUAAACCAAGAACAAUACAAUGUACCAAGAUCUGUGACUACUUUGGAUGGAUUGAGCCAGCUUGUUAUGCCGGUUUUACAUGAGGAUACCUCCCACUCCUCUCAUUUUGUUGGUGCUAACAUUCAAAACCAACAUCAUCAAGUGCCACAACAGCAGCAGCCCAUCUCUCACCAAGCAACACAACACAGUACUAAUAAUUCAAAUACAACAUCUAGUGGAGCAAGUCGUCCAUUUCGUCAAAGAGUAUUGUACAACCAAGAACAACUAUUACAAUUGGAGGCUUGGUAUCGUCAAGAUCGUUAUCCAAGUGGUGCCCACAUGCAUGAAUAUGCUGAUACAUUAGCUGCAAUGGUACCCAAUACUCCAGGAAGCAUAGGCGCACAACCCAUGCGACAAAAUGUUGACUACUGGUUCCAAAAUAGACGUCGCAAAGACUUUCACCCUGAAGUCAUGCAGCAACGUGAGAAGAAGAAAUUAGCCAAAACCUUGUGGGGCAAUUACAAUGGCAAUAAUGGCAAUACACCCACUACCUCUGGGGAUGGCACCAACAGUCUCUCAGAACAUAAUGGUUCCGCUAGCAGCAGAUGAUACACACCUUUUUAAUUUGACACAAUAAUUAUAUACAUGGCAGCAUUAGCGAGUGACUUCUAAUAUAAGUUAUUUUUAAAUGGUAGAAAUAACAUUCUUAUUAAGUAUAGACAUACUAUUGUGAAAACGAUUUUAGUACCCACACACCUAGUCAAGAGGCAACUGUAGAUCAUUUCAUUUUGUGUACCAAUAACAUGACAUUGCUAUUUAACUGUUCAUCUAAGUGUAAAUAAUAAUAAUAAUGGCUCACUUGUUACUAACAACAUUUCUCCUUAUAUAUAAACUGGAGAGUAAUUUUCUUUGUGUGUUUUCCUCGUCAAAAUAUAAAAUUAUAUUUUAGCAUUUGA